AUGUUGGGUGCAAGAAAAGUAUUGACGCUUCAAGUCGAUAGAGAAGGGAAGCCCCAAUAUGAUGCCAUCGUCCAACAAGGUCGUCGUGAGGGUCAGCGUGUCCAAUCUCAAUUCAAAGACCUCGUGCCUCUUUCUGAACGGGAGGACGUGAGAGAUAGAAACCGAUCGAUUGAGCGUCCAUCUGAGGAACAAGUGUCGUCGACUGCGGAAUCCACACGAAAGGCAUUAGAAGCUAUCGUGCAUGGCAAAGUCAAAACUGCGCAACCAAAGAAUGUGUCAAGGACAUCCAGCAACAUCAGUUAUUUGCGAUACACACCAGCAUCACAGAACGCUGAUGGGAAAAAACAACGCAUCAUACAAAUGACAGAGGUGGUAGAGGACCCUCUUGAGCCACCGAGACAUAUGUUCAAAAAGGUUCCGAACGGGCCACCUAGUCCACCGCCACCUGUACUACGAAGUCCGCCGCGAAAAGUGACUGCGCAAGAACAAAAAGAAUGGAUGAUUCCACCUUGUAUCUCUAACUGGAAAAAUAACAAAGGUUACACGAUUCCAUUAGACAAGCGUCUGGCAGCUAGUGGGCGUGGCAUGCAAGAUGUACAUGUGAAUGACAACUUUGCACAGUUUUCUGAGGCCCUGAACUUGGCUGAUCGUCAUGCGCGUGAAGAAGUUCGACAGAGAAACCUCAUGCAGCAAAAGAUUGCUGCCCAAGAAAAAGCUGCACGGGAAGAAAGCCUACGGAUGCUUGCACAGCGCGCUCGCGACGAGCGAGCAGGUUUCUCAGCUUCGUCUUCUUCAAGAGACCGUCUUUCGAAUGAGAGAAGUGUCCAGUCAGCCUCUCUGACUGCAUAUGGUAGCAGUGAGAGUGAUGAAGAAGACGACGAAGAAGAGGUUGCUCAGCGAAACAAGUUGCGUGAAGAGCGUCGGCGUGAGCGUGAGCGUGAAAUGCGCAUGAGCAAUAUGGGCAAGGAGCAACGCGCACGUGUGUUUGCGAAAGAGCAAAAUCGGGACAUCUCAGAAAAAGUAGCUCUUGGUCUCGCCAAGCCCACUAUGAGCAAAGAGUCUAUGACGGAUGCGCGACUUUUCAACCGGGAAGCAUUAUCGAGCACAUUUGGUGAUGAUGAUUCCUAUAAUGUAUACGAUAAGCCAUUAUUCCAGGGUUCGUCCGCUGCUGCGGCUAUUUACAGUCGUCCAGGAUCUGGUGGUGGCGCAGACGAUAUGUAUGGCGGUGGGACUGAAAGUGGUAUUCGUGAUGAGCUCCAACACGACCGAUUCGGGCUCGGUGCGAGGAAGGGAUUCAGCGGCGCGCAAUCACAAGAGCCACGCUCCGGACCUGUGCAAUUUGAGAAGGAUACGAAUGAUCCAUUUUCGAUUGACAAGUUUCUUGAUGAUGCGAAACGCGGGGUAAAGCGACAAGCUGAAGAGCCCUGA